AUGCUUAGCGCGGUAACAUCCCCCGUCACCAGCACCAUCACGACAUCCAGCAGCACAUCCUCCGCCUCGACCACGAAAAGCAAUAACCCAAACGAUAUAAGACACAGUGUCCUUGUCAAUGGCCUGCCUCCGCCGUCUCCGUCGCUCCCCCUCCCGUUCAAUCUCACGGAUAGAGGUCUUCUCAAUCGCGACUGUCAUGUCCACAACGAGUGGAUCGAGUCCCGGAGCAAGAAGCGUUUCGCGAUUAUAGACCCGGGGACAGGUCGCGUAUGGGCUACAUGUCCCGACUGCACCAAGGACGAUGUCGGCCCAACCGUUAGAUCCGCCUUCUCCGGGUUCCAAGGGUUCUCAGCCGAUACUUCGAACCACGAACGAGCUCGUCUUCUGACGGCUUGGCAUCAUCUCAUCGUCGCCGCCCGCCUCGAUCUCGCCACGAUUCUCGUCCACGAAACAGGGAAGCCGCUGGCGGAGGCAUUGGCCGAAGUUGACUACGGCGCAGGCUUGGUCAGGUGGUUUGCCGGUGAGGCCGACCGCUUUCCGCAAGCUGUUCUUCCAACCUUUCCGACUUCGCCUAUAUCCCCUCGAACCCCUUGCACCCCCUCUACGCCGGCUACAAUUGGCGGUACCCCGACAUCAAGCGGAUUCAGAAUGAGACGGCCUGCGGUUCUUAAGCAACCUGUUGGUGUCGUUCUCGCACUCGUGCCUUGGAGCUUCCCGCUUGCGCUUGCUCUCCGCAAGUCCGCAGCCGCGCUCGCGGCGGGAUGUACUGUCAUUAUCAAGCCUUCAUCUGAAACGCCUCUCACCGCCCUCGCGAUAGCAUGUCUAGCAAACCGGGCGGGAUUUCCUGCCGGCGCUCUCAACGUGAUUACGACCAGCUUGGGAAACACACCAGAUGUCGCCGAAGCGCUAUGUAUGCACCCUCUGGUCAAAGCAGUCAGUUUCACAGGCAGCGCGCGUGUCGGCAAGCGAGUUGCCACGACAUGCACCCGAAAUUUGAAGCGUCUGUCGCUCGAUCUGGGCGGAAACUGUCCCUUUGUCGUUUUCGAUGACGCAGACCUGGAGAAUACCGCCAAGGAACUGGUGGCACUGAAGUGGCGGCAUGCAGGACAGGCAUGCAUUGCGCCGAACCGAUGUUAUGUUCAGAGGCGCGUCUAUGAUUCCUUUUCGGAACUGGUGGUUCAAGAGGCGGAGAAGUUGAAAAUAGGUCAUGGGAUGGAGCGGGAGACGACCUUGGGGCCACUGACGACGAUCCGUGGUCUGUACAAGGCAGAAGCGUUGUGCAAGGACGCCGAGGAAAAGGGGGCUUCCGUACUUCUGGGCACUGGACGGAGAGAGCCUGGGGAUGGAUACUUCAUGUCACCGACCAUUUUGGGAAAUAUGACGGAUUCAAUGCUCAUGUGUCGUGAGGAGAUUUUUGCACCGAUUCUCGGGCUUUACAUAUUCGACACUGAGGACGAGGUUGUGAAGAAGGCAAAUGACACGCCUGUCGGGCUUGCAGGUUAUGUCUUUACGAAGAGCUCUGACCGGCUAACUAGCAUGUUUGAACGACUGGACGCGGGGGUUCUCGGAAUGAACACUGUCUCUCUCGUGGCGGAUUGCCCCGUGCCUGCGGGCAACAACGGGAACGGAUACGGAUCUGGCUUCAGUUCGGCUACGACGUUGGAAGAGUUUCUUAUUACCAAAUCAGGCGCAAUGAUGAUACGUCAGGAUUGA